CACUAUUGGCCGAAAGACAUGACAAUCACAGGAUUAUCCGCUUCAUGGUAGGUUGGUACAAACGCGUUUAAAAACGCCCAAGCAGGAGUCCGCAAUUACCGCGUUUUGUUUUAUCAUCACCCCACAGCGGAACAUCAUGACGUCGCCAUGAGAAGCGCACGGGUAUUCCGCGGAUUCCCUUGAUAGACAGAUCGCUCCAAAUAUUUUACUUUUAUUUUUUUCCAGCAGCGGAUUUGUAGAAGAGAUGCACUUGUGAUUUUUGUCAGACAGCAUCCGUUUCCGACUACAGCUAUGUAGUUUCCACUUCUGUGCCUUUUAUUAUUAGUUAAAGUUGCGUUUAACUUGCAUCUGCAUCGCAUUACACGAUUGUCCUGGGCUGUGGAGCUGGAGCAAGUAUGGGAUUGCCUGCGUUAGAGUUCAGCGACUGCUAUUUGGACAGCCCGCAAUUCCGAGAGAGGCUGAAGUCUCACGAAAUGGAAUUAGAGAAGACCAAUAAGUUCAUCAAGGAGCUGAUUAAGGAUGGGAAAGCUUUAAUUCAAGCCCUGAAAAAUUUGUCCACUGCAAAAAGAAAGUUUGCAGAGUCGCUGAACGAGUUUAAAUUCCAGUGCAUUGGCGAUGCGGAAACAGAUGAUGAGAUAUGCAUUGCUAAAUCACUUCAGGAGUUUGCUGGAGUCUUACAGAACCUGGAAGAUGAGAGGACACGAAUGAUAGAAAAUGCCAGUGAUGUGUUGAUCACACCGCUGGAGCGCUUCAGGAAGGAGCAGAUUGCCGCUGCGAAGGAGGCCAAAAAGAAAUAUGAUAAAGAGACGGAGAAGUACUGUACAGUGUUGGAGAAACAUCUCAGUCUGUCCGCCAAGAAGAAGGAAGCACACCUUCAUGAAGCGGAUAACCAGGUGGACCAUGUGAGGCAACACUUCUAUGAGGUCUCGCUGGAAUAUGUCUUCAAAGUGCAGGAAGUUCAGGAAAGGAAAAUGUUCGAAUUUGUGGAGCCGUUGCUGGCUUUUCUACAGGGUCUAUUUACAUAUUACCAUCAUGGGUACGAACUCGCCAAAGACUUCAACCAUUUCAAGACAGACCUCACUAUCAGCAUUCAAAAUACGCGGAACCGGUUUGAGAGCACGCGUUCAGAGGUGGAAUGUUUGAUGAAGAAGAUGAAGGAAAACCCACACGAACACAAGAGCAUCAGUCCACACACAAUGGAGGGAUACCUGUUUGUGCAGGAGAAACGUUCCUUCGUGUCCACAUGGGUGAAGUACUACUGCUCCUAUCACCGAGAGCCCAAACGUAUGACCUUGAUGCUGUUCGAUCAGAAGUCUGGGGGCAAAGUUGGAGAUGAGGACAGCUUUACGCUCAAAUCUUGCACCAGAAGGAAAACAGACUCCAUCGAGAAGAGGUUCUGCUUUGACAUUGAAGCCGUAGACCGGCCUGGCGUGAUCACCAUGCAGGCGCUGUCAGAAGAAGACCGCAGACUCUGGAUGGAAGCCAUGGACGGAAGAGAACCGGUGUACACCCUGAAUCGUGAUAGCCAGAAUGAAGGCAUGGCCCAAUUAGAUGUCAUCGGCUUCAACGUUGUCAAAAAAUUCAUCUAUGCCGUAGAGACCAGAGGGAUUGAUGAGCAGGGGCUAUACAGGAUCGUUGGUGUCAACUCCAGAGUGCAGAAACUACUCAGCCUGGCCAUGGACCCUAAAACCUGUGCAGAUGUGGAACUGGACAGCACAGAAUGGGAGAUCAAGACCAUCACCAGUGCAAUAAAGCACUACCUCAGGAUGCUGCCGGCCCCUCUCAUGACAUACCAGUACCAGAGGAGCUUCAUCAAAGCAGCCAAACUGGACAAUCCCGAGGCGAGGGUGGCGGAGAUCCACUCCAUAGUGCACCGUCUCCCGGAGAAGAACCGCCAGAUGCUGGAACUUCUUAUGAAACAUUUGGCCAAAGUGGCCAGUCACCACCAGCAGAAUUUGAUGACGGUUGCUAACCUUGGCGUAGUGUUCGGCCCUACGCUGUUGAGGCCUCAGGAAGAGACUGUUGCAGCGAUCAUGGACAUCAAGUUCCAGAAUAUUGUGGUAGAAAUCCUGAUCGAGAACCACGAACGGAUAUUCAAAGACAUGCCAGUGUCUGGAGGAGGGCAGGGCAACUCCCAGCUCAACCUGCCCAGGCGGAGAAGUGCAGACAGCAAGGCCCCGUCCUGCAGCGAGAGACCCCUCACUCUUUUCCACACCCCCACAUUCUCAGAAAAAGACAAAGCAGUGGAGAAGAGGAACAGCGUAGUUGUAAACUCCAGUGCAGACUCAGUAAAUUGCAACAGCACACACAACUGGACUCGACUCAACAACCUGCCCACUGGAGACGGAGACCAUGAUGGGCUUCAGCUGGCCAAACUGAGUCAGCCUAAUUCACUUCAAAAUCCAAAGGUUCGCAGCAGUAUGUCAACAAGCAUGUUUAACUCAGGAACAGUUCCACUAAAUAUGAAAAUUCAGUCAUCAUUUACUCGCCAAAUGACGCCCAGCUUCACCCAGUCCCACUUCACCGCGCUCCCCCUCGUGGCCGAUGUUCUCUGCCCCCUCCAGCCCCCAGCUGGCCUCCAGCCCCUCCAGCGAAUCCUCCCCCAUCAGUACUCCGCUACGAAAAGCACGUGCACUAUACGCCUGCAAGGCUGAACAUGACUCUGAGCUGUCCUUUAUCGCGGGGACCAUAUUCGACAAUGUUCAUCCAUCAAGAGAACCAGGAUGGCUGGAGGGGACCUUGGAUGGGAAGACGGGGUUAAUUCCAGAGAACUACGUGGAGUUUCUUUAGAAGGUUCGAGUCGAUGGGAGUGUCGAGGUUUUGAAAGAACUGAACUUCGACAGAAAAGCCGAGUUAGUAUGCCUGAGCGUAUCUCUGUGAUCUUAUGGGUUUUUGGCAACUGUGGCAUUCCCCUAGCAUCUUUGUCCCACAUAUCCCACAAUGCACUGCAGCUGUGAAAAAAAAAAAAAGGGAAGAAGAAGAAAAAACAAACCCUGGGACCAAGUUGUUGCUGCCUUGGCCACAAUCAAGAAACUCUUUUUUAGAUUUUCAAACAGGGGCUUAUCAUGAAUUAUGGAUUUGUUUUUAUAUAUAUAUAUACAUUUACAUUUUUUUUUUUUAUAUGUGAGCACUUCCUGGUUCACCACAAUGUAAUAUGUGUGCUGUUUCUAUGCAGUCUGGGGCUUUUUGAAUGUUUUUUGUGUCUUUCAGGUCCUCGUAUGUGUUUUGUUUAGAACUACUAAGAGAUAACUGUUAAUUAUGGGGAAAAAAACAAAACUCUUGCACUCUUUUGUAUAUCAGGAAGCAAUUAAAAAAAAAAAAUUGAUUUUUUUUUUUUCCUCCUCCUCAGCAUGUAAGUGGAAAAGUGUAAAUUAUUUCUUAAUGUGAAUUAACGUCAUGUAAACCACUCUUAUUUAAGCAUUAUCUCUGAUGAGAUUUGUGUUCUUUUGGAGUGUAUUAACAUUGUAAAUAAGUGACAAUUGAUAAGGUAUAAUUUUUUUUGUAAAAUGUGAAUUAUAUAUAUAUUUUAUUGUAGCAUACUAACUUAAUUUUUUGAUAGCCCAACUGAUCUUUUUACCAAAAAAAAAAAAAAAAAAAAAUCAUGUAAAAUUUUCUGAGCCUUAAUAUUCUUUAGGAUAUUGAAUAAAUAAAAGCAUGGUUCAGCUGUUUAGAUUUUAUUUUUCUUCUACUCAAUAAAAAUGUUUAUCAAAUUUUCAUUUAAAUCCACUGAUGUCGAUUUUUCAGUUAGAAAACUGCUUGGUUUAAACUGGUUUAAUCCGAGUAUUACUGGUACAGAUUCCACACAUUUCUUCUUUUUCUGAACUUUAUCAACCAGAUGUAGCAUUGAGAAGAAAAUAAACCACGUCCAAGUGUAGAGUUGUGUCAACAUUCAGAUCCAAUGGAAAAAUAGCAAAUUAGCACAUUGAUUUCACAGUAUAAAAAGACACAAUCUUCCCUCUGAACAAAUUUUAUCCAACAUUUAAUCAAAUAUGUGUAAAGAUCGACAUUGACUACAGGAGAGGUGUAAUACAGAAAUCAUACAAAACUAUUUUUUCAAACAAAGACAUUUUAUAUCCUUUACAUUGGAUUACUUUUACAUAUAACUGAAAUGCAAAAAAAAAAAAAAAAAAGACUUUAAUAAUGAAAGCCAUAUACCAGUGAAAUAUGAUUUGCCCUUAAUCUUUAAAGAUAGUAUUUGCAUGAAUUUUUGUACAAAAUAUACUAUGUCAAGCCAGUAUUAGGGUAGUGCAAAUUCUCAGGCUCUGAUACAUUACUUUACACACAGCUUUAUUAUUAUUUUUUUUUUUUACUAGUUAAUUUUACAGCAUUAUGUAUGAGACCAAAGCCUAAAUCUUUAUAAAAGAAAUAGAAAAGGAUAAAAUAAAGUACUAGAGUUGGGUAGUAAGUGCUACUGUAAAAUGUAACUGCUUUAAAUAUUUUCCUUUUUUUUUUUUUUUUUUUUUUUUUUUUUUUUUUUUUAAAUCUGCGUUGCUUUGGUCACUCUGUUGCACUAUUCAAACUACACUCACAUCCCUGACUUCUAUCUUCAAGCAGUCAUUCUUUAAAACAGUGAUUCAGUGACUCAUAUAUUCCCUAUAGAUUUAUAGAAUUUACAUUUACAUAUAACAUAACACUUUUUCAAAAGUGCACCUGCAAUACAGUUCUCGACAAAAAAGAUAGCAAUACAACUUUAUGUAUUAAAAUUUUGUUGUAAAAUGAUGUGUAUAUCAAAGAGUAUCUGUGUAAUUAUAUUUUAGCUUUAGUUACUUUUAAAAAUGAUCAAUGAUUACCAAACAAAAAAUAUUUUUUUUUUUUUUAGACAUUUCAGCAUUUUUUUUGAAUUUAUACAACCUAUGGUUUAUGGCUCACAAACUCCCUUUGCAAGGCCUAUUGUGAAACAAUUAGAAAACGUGACAUCUCACAAACCUAGCGAGGAAUUUGUAAAAAAAAUAGUCUCAUAUAAUACGCUAAAAUAUUUGAGGAAUCUGUCAGGAGGAUUGGGAUAUUUACUGCGUACAUUUUAAUGUGGCUUGCUAACACUCCGAAAGCUACAACAGACACCGGAUUCGAUUACAUACUGU